AUGGUGUUCAACAAACCCAAACGACCACGAUUUCUACAUGAAAGGAGUGCAAUUUCUAGAAAAUUUGACAACUACAAUGAACAUCUAUAUAUUUGCAUAAGUCCAAAUGUUAAUUGGAUAGCAACAUUAAACACCUCAACUUGUCAAUUAAAAUUAUAUAAUUUUAAAGAUCUAAAAAAUGCACACAAAAUAAUAAAUUUUGAUGAUAGAUAUAUCAAAAUCCCCUUUGUAAAAAAAGCUUGGAACUUGACCGUUUCCAAUGAAUUUACUUUGACCGAUGGAACUGUCGAAGUAUUAAUUGCCGUAUCUUGUUUUGAUAAUGAUGAUAUGAAAAUAUUAAAGAACAAGAGAAAAUCACCACAACCACCUCCUAAUGAGCUUAUUUCAGCCGAAGAAGCUGAUGUCAAUGUGAAUGACCGAGAUAAAUCUGCAACAUUCAUUAUUUCAACCGCACGACGAUUGAAAAUCGCCUCCCCAAUUAAUAAUCAGGGUGGUAUAAUUAAAUUUUUGAAUACUAAAGAGGAUGACGAUACAACCGAAUUGGUUGUUCUCAAUGCGAUCGGAAUUACUAAAGCCUACAUAAAACAUGCUACAAUUGGAAAUGUAAACGAUAAUAGGAAAAGUGAUUGGUCCAAACUUUUAUAUCCCGAUAAAUUAAUUGACAAAUAUUAUUAUCCAAGAAGUUUUUUUAAGGAAAUGAAAAGGUUACCAGAAAAUGAAACUUUUGCUUACUUCAUUCGUCGAAGUCUGUUAAAAGACUGGUUUAUUAUAGAUAAUUAUAAAGAUAAGGUACAAACCAUUGAAACAUAUAAUUUAAAAACAAAUAAGCUGGACAAUUUUUUCCGAAAACGUGAAGAAACCGUUGCUUCGAUUGUAGGUAAAGGUAGUCCUUUUUUUACCAUUUCAAAAAAUGAAACCUUAUUCGCUUAUUGUCGUGGUACAAAUAGUAUUACCAUCUACUUAAUGGAAAAUGGUUUAGAGGUUACCACAAAGAAAUUCAAAGAUAAGGAUGUUUUAAGAAUUCUCUAUUUUGAUUUCGUUGAAAAUGAUAGUAAAUUAUUGAUCAUUAUUGAGGAAAAAAAAAAUCACGGCGAUUAUUGGGAGGAAUCUGAACGUUUACCCGUCGUCGUAAUUUGGGAUCUAUUUAGUAGUUCUAAUAAUUGUGUUAGAAAAAUUGAUGAAACACCCUUAUUAUUUUCAGAUAACUUAAAUCUUCAAAGAAUAGCUAUCGCUUCCGGAAAACUCAUAUUCAUAAAUGACGAUGAAACGAUUUUUUCGGCAUUAGAUAGACCACAUAUACUUAAAAUAUUGAAUCCUGAAAAUGAUAAUACGAGAAACGUAAUUAACAUAAAUUCACCUGAAAAAUCUAAUUCAUCAUCCACAACAACUCUUCCCUUAACAGAAUAUCAUUUAGUUUAUGACCUUUCUGGAACAUCUUUAGACCAUGAAACUGUUAAAGUGAUCGUUGAAGACCCUGAACCUUGGGUACAAGACAAGCAUUACAAUCGUACCACGACUUAUCUUGAUGUGGAUAAAACUGUUCAGUUAAUUGUUGGAGAAUCUACCGUUCAAGUUUGGCGCAAAAAAAAAGGAGUUGCUACUGAUACUUCACCUAAAAGAAUUCUUGAGUAUAUUUGGACAAAUCCUUUUAAAGAAAUGCAUAGACGGAUGCAAAUUGUAUCUUUGGAAGUUGAUCAUAGGGAAUUCUCUUUAGUGGUAAAUAUUCCUUCUGGAAAUGCUCCUAAUCAACUUGGACAACAAGUCAUAAUUGAAUGGCCUGAUAGAGUUAAUGUUCCGGUAGACGCGUGCAAAGCAUUGUUAUUUCUUGAUUUGCAAAGUAAUGAACCUUUAGGUCCCAAGAAACAACAUAUUUUUGAAAAUAUUGUUCAACAAACCGAAAAUAUCGUCAAGAAAUAUUUAGUCAGCAAUUUUGGAUCAUGGAGAAUGUUGGACAUUCGUUAUGAUCUUAUGGCCAAUCUUAUUCGAGGUAAUCGUGUUUCCAUUAUCCGAAAUAUUUUAUCAUUUGAAUCUAAAAAUGGAAAGAAUAAAAAUUUACAUCUUCCAAGACUUUAUUCCUGGAACGGGCAAGCCAAAGAAACAGAUCUCGAGAUUGCUAUCAAGCACUCGAAGGGAAGUUACCGUAAAGAUACUGUUAUUGUAAAAUAUUUAUUAGAUUAUUAUUCUGAUAAUGCCACAAAAAAUUCGAGUUGGAUGUUUGCGGUAUCCCGAGCAAUUCCCGUACUUUAUGAAUAUAAAUUAGAAUAUUUUGUUAAGGAAUUAUUUCUAAAGCCUUGCUUUGGUUCUAACGAAAUUUACUUGGAUAAAUCGGAGAUUAAUAUUGAAGAUAUAAUUAACAGUGAUCAUAAGAAUAUCCAUGCUUUAAGUAUAGAAAUAGGCCUCGUCAAAAGAAAUAAUGAUAGUUUCUUUAUUUCUCGAAACGAACCAAGUAAUAGACCACCAAAAACAAAAACUUCAAAAAAUAUCAGAAAGAUCGAUCAAGUUUACAUGGUCCCGCUCCCAGAUUUUACUGUAUUUCCUGAUGGGAUCCAUGAUAAACGAAGAUUCUGGAGCAUUCCUAUUGUCCUCUUAAAAUUAUUGUUUUGGCCACGUAAUCAUAUAAUAGAACAAGAAGGAAAAUUGAGUCCAUUUUUGAGAAUGAUUAGGAAUGAUUACACAACGGAAAUUUAUGACAAUCCGUCGAUAGCCGCAGUAAUAGAUUACAAAUGGAACGUGGCAAGAACAUAUUUCGUAAGACAAGCAUUGACUUAUCUUGCAUUUGGAUUAUCAUAUACUAUUUUAUCAAAUACAAUGGAACAAUUCGUUAGACCUCAAAUACCUAAUUAUAUUAUUGCCCUUGUAGUUUUAUUUUAUUGGUUAGGAUUUUAUUUAUUGAACACUGAAAGAGUUCAAUUAAAAUAUGUAGGAUGGAGAAGAUAUUUUAGCGUUUACAAUUUUUUUGAUUUGUUUUCGGUCAUAUUGCCAUUCACGGCAGCUUCGAUACAACUUUAUUAUAAUCUAUCAGAUUAUUUCAGAUAUAAAACCAAUGCUAUUACCAGUUAUUUUGAACUGGAUCCAGAAAUGUUCACAAUAUUUGAUUCUUUUACGAUUUUAACAAUAUGGCUAGAAGCUUUUUUGUUAUUACGAUACUUUGAGAAAACCGGAGCUUACAUAUACAUUGUCAUGAAUAUCUUACAAAAUAUAACAUCCUUCUUGAUCUUUAUAUUGUUGGUCGUCCUCGGAUUUGGUCAUACUAUGUUUAUUUUACUUAGCAAUACAGAUCGAAUCGGCAUCAAACCUAACGGUUCCUCCUUCAGAAUUUAUGAUGAAAACGGAGAUCUUGUACCGGGAUUAACUAAUUUGGUUAUAAAUCAAGAAUUUGAUGUGAAUAGUACAUCAGAUAAUUAUUUCACGAAUUUUUUUAAGUCUAUCGAAGCAGUUUACUUUUGGACUAGCGGUCGUUGGGAUCAAUUAGAUCAAUGGGAUUUCUGGCCAGUAGAUGUCUUUUCUAUCAUUGCUAGUAUCCUUCUUGUUACGAUUUUACAAAAUAUGUUGAUCGCAAUUAUGGCUGGCGCGUACGAUCAGGCAAAAGAGCUUAGUAAACAUGCAGUGCUGAAAUAUCGAGCGGAAUUGAUCGCAGAUUAUGAAACAUUUGAUAGACCAUUUGGAAAUCGAAAAAGGGAUCCUCGAUAUAUUUUUUACAUUGGAAAAACCGAAUAUAUUGAGAAAUGGUUAGAAAAAUCCGAACGAUAUAGGGAAAGUUAUAAGAAUUUCUUGGAAGAAAUAGAAGGUGGUAAUCCAUGGUCCUAUGAUGAUGAAAACGAUCUAGAAAAUUUAGAUGAUUUUCAAAAGUCAUAUCAUCAUUCUCAUUCUUAUUCCUUUUCCACGGAUAUUGAUUCUGAUAAUUUAAAUUCACAAAGAGUCGUUCCAUUAUGUUCAUAUUGGUUUGUGGAUGAAGAAGAUGAUGGAACGAGAUUAUUGAAAGAACCAGAUGGUAAAAUGUUGUAUUAUAAAAUGCAGUCCAUUGAACAUGACUUAUCUGAAAAAUUACGUUUAAUGGAAGAUAAUAUUAAACAAUUAAUUUCAUUGCAAAAUCGACAAUAA